CCAAAACCAAGCCCAACUGUCAUUUAUCAUCAUUCAUGGACGAAGGACGACGCAUACAAUUCGGAAUAAGUACCAAAACUUGAACUUCAUCGAUCCAAGUGGUACUAUGGACGCAGAUCAACAGGAUAGAACGCCAGAGCAACAGGCUAGAACGGCAGAGCAACAGGCACAGCCACAAACACAAGUUCCAGUUCCAGAUAUUCCGUUAUCCCUACCAUCAGUAUCAAGUUUGGCUCAAGCACAAUCUGAUAAUGUGCCGACUGGAGGGCAGCCAAAUCUGCAGCAAGCUACGCAGAAAAAAUUGACUGAUGCAAAGUCAAUGCAAGCUUUGAUGAAAUAUAGUAGAUAUAUACAGCAACAAUUGGGGCUACUUUUCCAUGUGCAUCAAUGUCAACAACAUAAGAAUCAAGCAAACAGUGAGAUGAGACAGUGUACUCUCUCAGGUUGUAAAUUUAUGAAAAAUGUUCUAACGCACAUAACGAGUUGUCAAGCUGGCAAGAAUUGCACCAACCCUCACUGUAGAAUAUCUAAGCAGAUCGUUAAUCAUUUGAAACACCAUCAUCAAAAGGAUUGUUCAGUUUGCCUGCUGAUAAAUCAAGCUAUUAAAAAAAUGAUUGAUUCUAAGGAAGGAACAAAGGAGUGGCGUACAUUCGUCACUCGAGGUCUCAGGGCCCAUAACAUUCAUAAAAUGGUUAACGUAGUAUACCUGAAUCCCGACCCACUAGCUAAGCUUGAUAGAAGAAUGCACAAUGUGAUCAUGUACGUAAGGAAAAUGGAAGCUGAGAUUUUUAAAAGAGCCAACUCCCGGGUGGAAUAUUUUGAUUUGUUGGUCAAAAAAAUUUACAAGAUGCAACUGAAAACAGCUGCAUUACUUACCACAUCGAAAUGUUCAGACGAGGUUGAGGUUUUUUUUUAACCUGGCUAAAAAAUGGUACUAUGACCAGUAUGACUCUUCCUUGGGUCGGAUAUCCACAUGGGGAGAUUUAAGAAGAAGAAGAAGAAGAAGCUAUAAAUCAUAUUAACAUCUUAAGACAUUUAAUAUAGUUCUGAACUACUAAUGGAUUAUGAAUAUCGAGAUAAAUCUCGUUUUUAAAUCUUUUUUGUCAAUAUCAGUAUAAUAAUUCUCUAUCAUAAUUUAUAAGUUAUUUCAUUGAACAAUCUGAGUUUUUUGGAAUAGUUUUUAUAUGUAUCGUUAUAAUAUGUCUUUAAAAAGAAUUAUUAUAAAAUAA